CUUGACCAUGUCUCAGCCCGAGCCACCCUCAGAUGCACGGAGCGCGAAUAGGGCACGGUUUGAGCUUGAGCUCGAAUUUGUUCAGUCGCUAGCAAAUCCUUUCUACUUGCAUUCGCUGGCGCAACAAGGCAUCCUGAACCAGCCCGCGUUUAUCAACUUCCUGAAGUAUUUACUGUACUGGAAGGAGAAGGACUACGCUCGGUUCAUCUUGUAUCCACACGCCCUCCAUCAUCUAGAGCUGCUCCAACACCCCGAGUUCAGGACCGAGAUCGGCAAAGACGAAUGGCGGGAGUAUCUAAAUCAGAAGCAGUUCGAUCAUUGGCGUACAUGGAGGGACCCCAGUCGGAUCUCCAUCGCUGCACCCACAGCCGACGUCCCGGUGGACCCUCAGUCUGCAGGGCUGCCCCCUGAAGGCCAAAAUGGCGCCACGAUAAACGGUGUAUGAAGUGCUUUUUUGCCCCUCUGUAGUCACGAUUGUCCCCCCGAGUAUCUACAUCGGGCUCUCCACUAUCUCCGAAGCGCCGUGCCUUCCUCGGGAAUCCCCUCAGGACCCUUUGACGGCAGUUUCAUUCGCAGGCCGUUGCUUUGUAGGGGCAUCUCGCCUUAUAGUCAGUUUACAGUCUUCGUGACAGUACGGCAGAGCAGUGAUCCGGGGUCGGAACGAAGUGAAGUGAAUUAGCAUGCUUUGACGUUCCCGUGCGCUAUGUUACAAGAUGUCUUGG